AUCCAUUUUUGCAUAAACAAUACGAGACUGCUGGUUUUCAUGUUUGAAUACAUAAUUCGCCCCUCACUAUCCACAUGUUGCUGUCGAGUUUUACAUAAAAUUUGGUAAUUUUCUUUUUUGACAGUUUUCAAAAAUCAUAAGGCAAUUUGGUUAAAAUAUUACGACGGAAUAUUUUUGAAAAGAUAAACUCUAAUAAUGACGGAAAAAGAGUCCAAAAGAGAGUCAAUGAGAAAUAGUAAAAAAAUGAGCUUUUUAUGACCAGAAUUAACCAUAGUCCCUCCGUAAGGAUCAUUUGCUUCGAUUAUUUACGAUAGUGGAAUUACAAGCUGGCCGAUGUUUAUCACAUACCCACAUCACACAUUUUACAUACCCGGCACAACAAUGCAUUCAUCUCAUGUAAUUGAAUCAUUCGCUUGAGAUAGUGAGCGAUAGUAGUCCGACUCAAUCCGGCAAGAGAGUACAGUAGACGAACACUCGAUCCCACUCCACACAUGAGCGGCGGUCUGCAUUGACUCAGCUGCGUGAAGCGCGAAAACUUCCAGCAACAGGUUCGCAGUCUACCAAUCGUGUUCACGAGUCGCAGUCGCUGGAGUGAGUUGAACGAGUGUGUGGCGAGCAGGAGCUGUGAUCAUGUUGUUUUACAGCCAUUUCGAACGAAAGUGAAAAUGUUGUGAACAGAGUGUUUCAAUAAAGCACACUAUCUUGGUGAUAUCGAGCACAAAAUAUUGUUUCAACUCGUUUCUGUGUUUGUGUAGAUUACAUUUGUGAUUUGCGGAAAAGCUUGACUCAUAAUUAUCACUAUCAAACGUGAUCUCGCUGGAUCUCUGAACACCAAGCGUAAUUUAAAGACGGGGUGAAAGAGCGAAUUUAAUUGCAUCAAAGCACUUGCACCGUGGCACAUAAAACCGGUCUUGCGACAAACGCGACUACGAACAGUGACUAUGGUCGACGUAACUGGUCUCGAUACGGUGACGCUCGGCGUGGAUGAUCCCUUACUAGGCCAACGGUUGACAUUGAGCUUCCGCAACAUAUGCUAUCGACGAAAGGGCAAAAAUGGUAAACGGGGCAAGGACAUCAUCAAGAACGUGUCGGGCAGAUUCCAACCGGGUCGGUUGGUCGCUAUCCUUGGUCCAUCCGGAGCCGGUAAAUCCUCGCUGAUGGGCAUACUCUCUGGCAUGAAACAAACCGGCGUCAUUGGGACGAUCGAGGUGAAUGGUGUGAUGAUGGAUCGUAGCCAAUACCGGCAGCAGUGCGUCUACAUCCCACAGGACUUCAUCCUGAUCGAACAUCUGACCGUACUGGAGACGAUGGACUAUGCGGCUGAGUUGAAGAUGCCCUCGGCCAGUCGAUCGAUGAUGGUGCGCAAAAAGAAGGUGAACGAUAUACUCCAGGUGCUGGGACUCGACGGAAGCAUGCACACGCUCGUGAAGAAUCUGUCGGGCGGCGAGAAGAAACGGUUAUCGAUCGGGAUCGAAAUGGUCUGCAAUCCACCGAUCAUCUUGCUCGAUGAACCAACCAGCGGUUUGGACAGUGUAUCGGCGAUGCAACUGAUGAGCUACGCGAAGACCUUAGCGAUGGAGGGUCGCACGGUGGUCUGUGUAAUUCAUCAACCUUCCUCCAGUUUGUUCAAUCUCUUUGAUGAGCUAUACCUGCUAUCGGCUGGCAUGUGUAUCUAUCAUGGGCCGGUUGAUGAGAUGGUUGGCGUCUUUGCCGAAACUGGUUUCCACUGCCCAAAGUUCUAUAAUCGAGCCGAUUUCGCACUCGAAGUGGCCUCUAAGUCGGCGAAAGAGGUCGAAUACUUGAUGCUCAAGUACAGCAAGCAGCCGGUCACAGCCAGGAAGCUUUCGCGUCAGGAUAACAGCAGUGAUGAUCGGUCGAGCGGGGAGGUCUGCGAGGUUGACAUUAGCAUAAACCCCUCGCCGAAUAAAGCGGCCCCAUGUUACCAGAUCUCACAAUGGAAACAGUUUCUAGUUUUGCUGCGUCGUUCGCUGCGGGUUACGUCGAGAGAUUUUUUCUUUGCUCAGCUUCGAGUGAUUGCUCACAUUCUGGUUGGCUUUCUGCUCGGCAUCGUGUUCUAUCGGUGCGGUGAGGAUGCUUCACACGUUAUGACAAACGGUGCCAGCCUGUUCUUCUUUCAACUGUUCAUCUUCUUCGGUAACGCGAUGCCUUGUGUCAUCACCUUUCCUCUAGAGGCGCGCGUGUUUAUACGCGAGCGGCUCAAUAACUGGUAUUCGCUGGAAGCCUACUACGUUUCGAAGAUCUUUGCCGACCUUCCACUGCAGAUGAUCUGCCCGACACUGUUCAUCGUGAUCGCAUAUUUUAUGACGGGCCAACCGCUCGAGUGGGAACGUUUCGGUAUGCUGUGGCUGAUCAACCUGCUGCUGGGAAUGUACGCUCAAACGGUCGGUCUUCUAUCGGGUGCCGCCUUCGACAUUCAGAUGGCAACGUUCUUCGUGCCUUGCUUCAGCAUUCCUUCGAUGCUGUUCUCGGGAUUCUUCGUUAAAUCCUUCGAGAUGCCCGAGUUCCUGCAACCGGCUGUUUACACCUCCUUCUUCCGAUACAGCUUCCAGGGAUCGCUACAAGCAAUCUAUUCCUACAAUCGUACCAACUUGCCGUGCUCCGAUAUCGUGUGUUACUUCAAUAAACCGGCCAAAUUCUUGAAGUUCAUGGACACUCCAGAGGAGGGCUACUGGAACAACGUGUCCAUCGUGGCCGGCUUCAUUGUGCUCUUCCAAAUCGUCCUCUACAUCGUACUACGCCAUCGCUUGAAGAUUUAUCAAUAAAGAAGGGGGGGAAAGGGACUCUCAUUUAUCACUCAAAUGUUGUAGAUUUUCUGUCAAUUAUGGGCCAUAUCUAGUGUUGCAACCUGAGAAAAAUGGCUCGUAUAAGAUCUCGGGGGGCGAGAAAAGAUCUACGACUGCGGAUCACAAUCUUGGUAUCACUACAAUUGCAAUUCAAAUCCAAAGCCUUCACCUCGUUCCCUGGGGGGCUGGUUGUUCGUUGCAUAAAAAGCGAUUGUGAGUGAGUGCAUCGGGGCGAUAAUUGCAGUAAACCGGCGUAAAAACCGGACUUAUGGCACACACAUUCUUACCUUGCAGCCGUGCCACUUAUGUGCACGAUCACUACCCGGCUAACGCUCGUGCUAGCUCGC